UGGGCUUGGCCCGGCCUGGCCUGGCUCGGUCCGAGCUUUCCGGUAUCAGCGGAACGCUGGGCUGGCUGUUUUCCCUGCGCCGAGCCGCUGCCGCGGUGCUGCUUCUCCUCCCACUUACCGCUUUCCUUGCGGGUGCAGCGAGAUGUAAAUCGGGUGUAAAGGACUCGGAACUGCAGGGGGAAAGUCUAAACCCCCUAAUGAGCCGCAGGGAAUGUGCUUGUCCAUGCAGGAGCUGCCCGAAGCAUCUGGAUGGGGAUCAUGUGCGUGUGUAAAUGAACAUCACACGCUUCUCUUGAAGAAGUGACCCCUCAGGUGUUUGCUGUGAGCAUCCUUUGCUCCCUGAGAGGUUGCAGCCAUGUUCAGUGCCAGCCAAUCAUCCAAGGCCCAGUUCCUGGACAAGGCCCGGCAGGCGCGGGAGGAGCGGCGGGAGCUGAAGGAGAGGGAGAGAGCUGCAGUCCAGCUCCAGGCUCUGGUCAGGAGGUUUCUGUGUCGCUGCCGCCUGCAGAGGGAGAUCAGGAGAGAGGUGGAGGAUUUCUUUGGGACAAAUGAAUGUGGCUCAAAUAAAAGAAGUGCCCUGUCUGUGUUCAGAAUUGCCAGGAAGCUGCUGUUUGUGUUCAAUCCCAAGGAGGACAAGGAGAGGUUUGAAAAGCUGUGCCGUUGUAUCCUGAACAGCAUGGAUGUGGAGAACGAGCCCAAGGUGUGGUAUGUGUCACUGGCCCUCUCCAAGGACCUCACCCUCCUCUGGAUCAAACAGAUCAAAGAUAUCCUGUGGUUCUGCUGUGAAUUCCUCAAGCAGCUCAAGCCUGACAUCCUGCAGGACUCCAGACUGGUGAACUUGCACCUCACAAUGCUGGUCACCUUCACAGACACUUCCACCUGGAAAAUCCUCCGGGGAAAAGGUGAGACCCUGAGACCUGCCAUGAACCACAUCUGUGCCAACAUCAUGGGCCACCUGAACCAGAAGGGCUUCUACUCCGUGCUGCAGAUUUUGCUAACUAAUGGCUUGGCAAGAUCCAGACCUUCCCUUUCCAAAGGUUCCUUAACUGCCAUCUUCUCCCUUGCCUUGCGCCCUGUGGUUGCUGCACAGUUCUCAGACAAUCUGCUGAGGUCCUUCCUGAUCCAUGUCAUGUCUGUGCCUGCUAUAAUGACUCACCUUGCUACUCUCACCCCUGAGCGCCUGGCAGUGAUCGAGUCCCACGAUCUGUUCCGGAAGUUCAUCCUGUUCCUGAGCCGGGAGUCGCAGUGCCGCGAUGUGUGCGUGUGCCUGGAGGGCAGUCACACUCUCUGCUUGCUGGGCAAUCUGGUGUUCCUGGGCUCCAUGAAUGAUCAGGUGCUGGAGGAGGAGACAGCUCAUUUUGUGGGGGUGCUCAUCCAAAUGCUCUCCUACUGCCAGAAGUAUGUGUCCCAGAAGAAAUCCAACCUCACCCACUGGCACCCUGUGCUGGGCUGGUUCUCACAGACUGUGGAUUAUGGGCUGAACGAGUCCAUGCCCCUGCUGACCAAGCAGCUGCAGCACCUCUGGGGAGUGCACAUGAUCAGGAUCCUCUUCAGUGAUGUGCUCAGCAAGAAACUGCUGGAAAAUCAGGAGAUAGCUCAGCUGCCAGCACAGCCAACCUCCCCUCAGAACAGCCUUCCUAUGAAAAACCUGUUCAAGAGAGCUUUCCAGAAGUCGGCCUCGGUGCGGAACAUCCUGAAGCCGGUGGGAGGGAAGCGCGUGGACUCUGCCGAGGUGCAGAAGGUUUGCAGCAUCUGUGUCCUGUACCAAACCACCCUGACCACCCUGACCCAGAUCCGCCUGCAGAUCCUCACAGGUCUCACUUACCUGGAUGAUCUGCUGCCCAAAUUAUGGGCUUUCAUCUGUGAGCUGGGACCACAGGGAGGGUUAAAACUCUUUUUGGAGUGUUUGAACAAUGACACAGAGGAAUCCAAGAGGCUGCUGGCCAUGUUGAUGCUGUUCUGUGACUGCUCCCGUCACCUCAUCACGAUUCUGGAUGACAUCGAGGUCUACGAAGAGCAGAUUUCAUUCAAACUGGAAGAGCUGGUGACCAUCUCCUCUUUCCUGAAUUCCUUUGUGUUUAAGAUGAUCUGGGAUGGAAUUGUAGAGAAUGCCCGAGGGGAGACCCUGGAGCUGUUCCAUUCUGUCCAUGGCUGGCUCAUGGUGCUGUACGAGCGCGACUGUCGCCGGCGCUUCGCUCCCGAGGAUCACUGGCUGCGCAAGGACCUCAAACCCAGCGUGCUCUUCCAGGAGCUGGACAAGGACAAGAAGCGAGCCCAGCUGCUCCUGCAGUACAUCCCACAUGUCAUUCCCCACAAGAAUAGGGUGCUGCUUUUCCGGAACAUGGUGACGAAGGAGAAGGAGAAGCUGGGGCUGGUGGAGACGAGCUCGGCGUCCCCUCACGUCACCCACAUCACCAUCCGCCGCUCCCGCAUGCUGGAGGAUGGAUACGAGCAGCUCCGGCAGCUGUCCCAGAACGCCAUGAAGGGAGUGAUCAGGGUGAAGUUUGUGAAUGACCUGGGGGUUGAUGAGGCUGGGAUUGAUCAAGAUGGAGUCUUCAAAGAGUUCCUGGAAGAGAUCAUUAAGAAGGUGUUUGACCCUGCACUGAACCUGUUCAAGACCACCAGUGGUGAUGAGAGGCUGUAUCCAUCCCCAACAUCCUACAUCCAUGAGAACUACCUGCAGCUCUUCGAGUUUGUGGGAAAGAUGCUUGGGAAGGCUGUGUAUGAGGGAAUAGUUGUGGAUGUCCCAUUUGCUUCCUUCUUUUUGAGCCAGCUCCUUGGGCACCACCACAGUGUCUUCUACAGCUCUGUGGAUGAGCUGCCCUCCUUGGACUCAGAGUUCUAUAAAAAUCUCACUUCAAUUAAGCGUUAUGAUGGUGACAUCAGUGACCUGGGCUUGACCCUGUCCUAUGAUGAGGAUGUGAUGGGUCAGCUGGUUUGCCAUGAACUUGUUCCUGGAGGGAAGACCAUUCCCGUUACCAAUGAAAAUAAGAUCAGCUACAUCCACCUGAUGGCACAUUUCCGGAUGCACAUCCAGAUCAAGAGCCAGACUGCCGCCCUCAUCAGCGGCUUCAGGUCCAUCAUCAAGCCCGAGUGGAUCCGGAUGUUCUCGGCGCCGGAGCUGCAGCGCCUCAUCUCCGGGGACAACGCCGAGAUCGACCUGGAGGACCUGAAGAAACACACUGUGUACUAUGGGGGCUUCCAUGGCAGCCACCGUGUCAUCAUCUGGCUCUGGGACAUCCUGGCCAACGACUUCAGCCCUGAGGAGAGAGCCAUGUUCCUCAAGUUUGUCACCAGCUGCUCCAGGCCUCCACUUCUGGGCUUUGCCUACCUCAAGCCUCCUUUCUCCAUCCGCUGUGUGGAAGUGUCUGAUGACCAGGACACAGGGGACACCCUGGGCAGUGUUUUACGCGGCUUCUUCACCAUCCGCAAGAAGGAGCCGGGCGGGCGCCUCCCGACCUCCUCCACGUGUUUCAACCUCCUCAAGCUCCCCAACUACAGCAAGAAGAGCAUCCUGAGGGAGAAGCUGCGCUAUGCCAUCAGCAUGAACACCGGCUUUGAGCUGUCCUAGGCACGGCCUGGGCUCGGGAUGGGGCUUGGAGCUGCUGCUGGAAGGGGGAGCCCUUCCCACGUGGAGCCUGGAGCAGCCCCGACUGCUCACU